GAGAUCUCGCGAUGCUAUGUAUUCUUCUACAGUAAGUUUGACUCCAGACAGUAAAGGCAUCGGUUUGUUUGGUGGGAAUUAAGAUAGCGGCCCUUUGGGUGAGCUACUCUGAAAAUCGGACAAAUCUAAUCAAAAAUGACAAGGGGAAAUCAGCGUGACCUUGCUCGCCAGAAAAAUGCCAAGAAGCAAAAUGAUAUGCAAAAGGGCAAGAGAAAUGAUGACGGUUUAUCUGCUGCUGCCAGAAAGCAGAGAGAUGCAGAAAUAAUGCAACAGAAGCAAAAGAAAUCGAACGAAAAAAUGGACUCUAAAACCAAGUAGAAGACAUCGACAAACCCUUCAAACGAUCCUAAACUAUUAUUGUUGGUGUCAUUAGACUACAGGGAGUGCAGAAUUAUUAGGCAAAUUAGAGUAUUUUGACCACAUCGUCCUCUUUAUGCAUGUUGUCUUACUCCAAGCUGUAUAGGCUCGAAAGCCUACUACCAGUUAAGCAUAUUAGGUGAUGAGAAGGGGUGUGGUCUAAUGACAUCAACACCCUAUAUCAGGUGUGCAUAAUUAUUAGGCAACUUCCUUUCCUUUGGCAAAAUGGGUCAAAAGAAGGACUUGACAGGCUCCGAAAAGUCAAAAAUAGUGAGAUAUCUUGCAGAGGGAUGCAACACUCUUAAAGUUGCCAAGCUUCUGAAGCGUGAUCAUCGAACAAUCCAGCGUUUCGUUCAAAAUAGUCAACAGGGUCGCAAGAAGCGUGUGGAAAAACCAAGGCGCAAAAUAACUGCCCGUGAACUGAGAAAAGUCCAGUGUGCAGCUGCCAAGAUGCCACUUGCCACCAGUUCUGUCAUAUUUCAGAGCUGCAACAUCACUGAAGUGUCCAAAAGCACAAGGUGUGCAAUACUCAGAGACAUGGCCAAGGUAAGAAAGGCUAAAAAACGACCACCACUGAACAAGACACGCAAGCUGAAACGUCAAGUCUAGGCCAAGAAAUCUCAAGACUGAUUUUUCUAAGGUUUUAUGGACCGAUGAAAUGAGAAUGAGUCUUUAUGGGCCAGAUGGAUGGGCCCGUGGCUGGAUCGGUAAAGGGCAGAGAGCUCCAGUCCGACUCAGACGCCAGCAAGGUGGAGGUGGAGUACUGGUUUGGGCUGGCAUCAUCAAAGAUGAGCUUGUGGGGCCUUUUGGGGUUGAGGAUGGAGUCAAGCUCAACUCCCAAUCCUACUGCCAGUUUCUGGAAGACACCUUCUUCAAGCAGUGGUACAGGAAGAAGUCUGCAUCCUUCAAGAAAAACAUGAUUUUCAUGCAGGAGAACGCUCCAUCACAAAGUACUCCACAGCAUGGCUGGCAAGAAAGGGUCUAAAAGAAGAAAAACAAAUGACUUGGCCUCCUUGUUCACCUGAUCUGAACGAACCCCUUAGAGAACCUGUGGUCCAUGAAAUGUGAAAUUUACAAGGAGGGAAAACAGUACACCUCUCUGAACAGUGUCUGGGAGGCUGUGGUUGCUGCUGCACGCAAUGUUGAUGGUGAACAGAUCAAAACACUGACAGAAUCCAUAGAUGGCAGUCUUUUGAGUGUCCUUGCAAAGAAAGGUGGCUAUAUUGGUCACCGACUUGUUUUGAUUUUUUUUUAUUUUUGAAUAUCAGAAAUGUAUAUUUGUGAAUGUUGAGAUGUUAUAUUGGUUUCACUGCUGAAAAUAAUUGAAAUGGGUAUUUUUGUUUUUUGUUAAGUUGCCUAAUACUUAUGCACAGUAAUAGCCACCUGCACACACUGAUAUCCUCCUAAAAUUGCUAAAACUAAAAACUACUUCCAAAAAUAUUCAGCUUUGACAUGGAGUUUUUUUGGGUUCAUUGAGAACAUGGUUGUUGUUCAAUAAUAAAAUUAAUCCUCAAAUACUA